AAGAGAGAGGAGAGAAACAUCCACAUUUGGGACCUUUGGAUAUGGACGACCAGUUCCUCUUCGCUCCGAAAGAGACUCUGUGUUUUUAGAACCUGACCACGGUUUAGACACAACACCCCUGUUGCUCCCCCAGCCCUCACCUUCACCCUCCCCUUCCCCCAAUGCCCCCAGAAUGGGCACCUGCGCUGUGGGUAGGAAUAGAGCCGGGUCAAAGGUUGGUCAUGACAGUAUAAGUGGGGGUAUGGUUUCUAAAUAUGACAAUGGGAAUGUUGGUUUGGUUUUAGUUGACAGCAAAUCUGGAUGUGGGCCCAGGUUAGUAGGUGAAGUUGGAUCUGGAAACAUGCCAGAGGCUGAUGUAAGGGCUUCAAUACAAGAACACCAUAGAGCUGAAAGUUGGAACAAAUAUGACAAUGGAUCUAGGGCUAGCAAUAAACAUGCUUCUGAAACAAGAAUGGGCUCCCAGGUAAAAACAAGACCAGGGGGACGUGAGUUAGAAGGUAAGGUACAGUCUGGGAUGGAGAUAGAAAAGACAGCUCCGGCUGUAAACAGGGAGUCUCACAGGGGAGGGACAAGGGGUGGAGAAAAUAAUGGAAGGAUCGCGACUAAACCAGAAUAUAUUUCUGAGGUUGUACCUCCAACUGUGAUAGACCAUGACAACAAGGUUGUGCCUAGAGAUAAAAUUGACAUGGGAACUGGACCAGGUCCAGGGAUGAAACCAGAGGUGGAGACAGUUAAGGUUGAGGAAAAAGCUAGUUCACAAAAAGUUGAGCACAGAACUGGAAGUGAAGCUGUAUGUGUAGCUAAAGUUAAUAAAGAGAUUGUUUCAGCACCAGAGUCCAAAAUAGAGGCUAAAGUUGAGACAGAUGUAAAGAUUUCUCCCCCAUCUCAGCCUGAGGCAGUGAAAGAAAAUAGAGUUAGUACUGACACAGGGACUAAAGGUGAGAUUGGAGUUGUCAGUGAAAGCCAGAACAGCAACCAGAAAACAGAUAAAGCACAGAUUAAAGACAUUGCUGGUGAUAAAACUGACACUACCUCUGCUGAUCAGGCAGAGAAAAUGUCUUUAGAUUCUGAAAACACUGAAUCUAGCCAUGUAGAGAAAAGUUCCAGAUCCCAGAAGUCCAAGUCAUCCAAGUCCAGCUCCAGGACUCGACCUGGCACUGCCACAGGGCUACGACCAGGUGUUGUUGCAAGUCCUCGGCUGAGCAGGGGGCUUGGAGAUCUUGAGUCAGCAGGCCCCCUGAAGGUAUUGAGUCCACAUGGCCACGGCGCAUUAUGGUCAGGAAGAGGACUGUUCGGCAGGGUGGGGCACUUCACAACCUCCCUAUUCUGCCCCCACUCCCCUCAGUCCUCUCAGCAUUGGAGAAGAGGCGCCCACAUGGUCACCUUCACCCCCGUACUGGCCACUUCUCAGAAAACCCACUAACAACCUGUAUAAAUUCAACAAGUAUGGUGGGACGAUGCUCACUUAAAGAGCCUUCCCAUGCAGAUCUUGGACUUGGAGCCAAUUUGGUGGGCAGGGCUUCCCUGAAAGAGCAGAACUUGGAGCACUGGCGAGUCUGCAGAGAGCUGGAAGAAGCAAAGAGAUCCAGGAGCAAGGAGAAAAAAGCAGAGCAGAGUAAAGAGAAGGCUGAGAGGGAGGAGAGAAAGAGUAAAGAAGAGAUCAGGGAAGAGGAAAGAAAAGAAGAAAGAGGCUCAAAGGAGGAGAAGGUGGGUAGGGAGAAAGAAAGGGUUGCUGUCAGUGAGGGGUUGGGGAAGGACACCAAACAACCAAAGUCAGAAAGAAAAGGGGAAGGGAAAGAAAACAAAAAAGAAGACAUGAAAAAGGAAAAGGUUGUAGAAAUACAGCUUGAAAAGAUAGAGGACAGUGAAAUGAAGAUCAAGGGUGGAAUACAAGACAAGCAUGGUCAAGAGUUGGAAGUAGCUCAAAUAAAAAAAGAAUAUGGUGAAAUGGAAGGAGGAGAAGGAGAGGAAGGGAUGGAGGGCUGGGAUGAUGUCCUUGAGAUGGUCACCACGUUGUGGGAUGAAGGCUGGGAUAAAGGGGAAGCGGCAGCAGGAGAAGGAGAUACAGACUCUUUCUCAGGAUCCCUGCAGCGUUGGCCUCUCCUCCGGCCCCCAAUUGGCUUUGGGGGCUCGCAUCCCCCCUCCUCGGCAGCCUCAGAGCUCAGCCUGACGGAGAUAGAAAGGAGAGCUAGGGAGCUGGACUCUGACCUGGAGCACCUAGACCUGUCUCAGCCCCAGCGGGACACUCAGGAUGAAUACCAAACACUUCUGGAGCCACAGAGGGAACGAGCUGACAUGUACCAAACACAUCCUGGGCCACAGAGGGAGAAAGUCCCUGCAUUUACAGGGGUUGCGAGUAGAUCGCAGGUCAGUUUGGAGCUGAGCACAAUGGCCUCACCUGCUACAGACACAGACAGACAUCCUGCUGACUGGUCAACCAAAUCUGCUGGGAACUCCACUGUUGUUACAAGCUCCAUUAAGGAGGACAGCUCUCCAGACUCUAACCUAACAUUGGAGUCCGACUCCAGUGGCAUCUUCAUGUCCUUAUCCAAUCAGAGCCAGGAAGAGGCCGGUUCUGACAGUGACCAGCAAAUCAGUGGCUCUGACUUAGGCAGCAGUAAUACAUCACUGGAGAAAUACGGUGAUGAAGGAGGUCUAAAGGAGUGGGGGAGGGAGGAGAGUGCAGAGCUAGAUUGGUGCUACCCAUCACUCCUUAACACCUCCUUGCAGGAAGAUACUGAAGGCAAUGCUGAAAGAGAAGAACCAGGACGUAAAAAGAUGGAGGGAGCGGAAGAGAAAAGCAAAGAAGAGACCGGAAGGAGAGUUGGUAAGAUAGGAACUGUUUCAAUCAUUAGGGCCCCACUCAACCAUGGCCACAGUGAGGUCUCCACAAAUUUUAAUGCCCCUCUAAGUGAAGAAAUACCAUCCAGAAAAAAAGUAACCCUCAAGAGAGAAGACACACCUCUCCCUUUAUCUCCCUCAAAACAACAAAUCAAACACCUGCUAGAUCCUAAUCAGAAGCCUAUCAGAACCUUUGGAUUGGACUGUGGUGACAUAGAUCCUUUUGUCCAAUCAGACAGCUUUGUUUACCUUGCUGUGUCUGCAAGACCUGGCUGUGGUGAAGUCACCAAAGUGACAGAGGUUCCCACCCAUGUUUUAAAAAAAGACAUUGUACAGCAACAUUAUGAUAGCAUGAAAUCAAAUUUGAACCAGACAAAUACAGAAGGGGAUGUCAAGCCAACUCACCUUACAACACAAAAACCAGAGGAAGGAGAUUUUCUUUGCACUGACAGCUUUGUCUACCUUGCUGCUCCACAAUGCCUCCUACUGGGCCCUGCAGGAAGCACACAGUACAGCGGCAGGGAGUCAGACUCAGAGAGUUCAGAAUCUGGCGCAGCUGAUGUGUCAGUGCUGGGUUGUGGAUCAGUGGCAGGGGAUAGUGACUGGGACUCAGACUUGUCGGACUCUGAUCCUAGUCGCUCCUCAAGAAUCUCUGCAGCUGCUAACAAAUCUGGUGGCAUAGCUCCACCCAAACGGCUGCCAAAUGAACCGGACUGGGACAUGUUAGGAGACACCCCAGAACCCGAAGUGCCGAGUGAGGUUUUCACAGGAGAGGACAGAAACAACAAUGGGGAAGAACAGAGGGUUACCGGGGUCACCACCAUGGCAGGGGCACAAGCCAUUCCCAGGGCAACUAGGGCUGUUACUACGCAAAUGAGGCAGUCGACAACAGUUGAGUCGUCAACGUCUAAGGUGACUUGGCAGUUUAAACCAGCCCAGAGAUCAGUCUGCACAGGGAGCAGAAAGGAGAAAGACAAGGAAAUGACAUCAUCAAGGUUCACAGAAUUUGGUGGGGACGAUAGACCUCCCCCUUCAUCUUCAUCUUCUUCAUCCUCGUCACCCUCCUCAUCCUCCUCUGGUUGAUUUGUGAAGGACUUUUUUUUCCAUCUUCUUGGAAGGAGCUUUCAUUGCCUGAAACCCGGAUGAUUGCACAAAGGUAGAGAAGAUCUUAAAUUUAUCAAAAAGAAACUGAUGGCUGGAACCACUACAGCUUUUUUCGCCUGUAGAUUUUUGAAUCUUUCAUCAAGCUGCUGCCAUUGCCUUUUUACAACCUUUUAAAGGCUGCGUAAGACUAGUUUAUCGUUGCAUUUUCACAGACCAGUCUAAUCAACAUUGUUCAUACAUUUUAAGACAGUAUGAGACUCAGGCUAAACAGACAACUUCAGGUUGAGAUUAUAUGGAAUAAUGGCCUAUGCUUGAACACUUAGGCAAGAUAUGCUGUCUGGUUUUUAUCAUUGGCCAUAUUUUGAAAUGCAGGGUUGAUUUACUAGUUACACACUCACUUUAUUCUAUUUCUAACUAUAAAUAUGACAAGUUCUUUAAGUUUAAAAAAACAUCAUCAUUAUUAUUGAAUGUACCUUACAGGACAUACACAACUAUACACAACAAAUUCACAAUAAAACAGAACUCAAGUAAUUGGCAUUCUUAAUUGGCUAUGACGUAAGGAUUUAAACAGUACCACCAUGUUGGACUUGACAGAAAGUAGUCAGAAAGUUAGAGAAACUAAUUUGAGACAAUCUCCGACAUGUGCUGAUGUUUAAUGACCCGACAAUGUAAAUUUGACUCAGGCCUUCUAACAUAUAACCUUUACUUUUAAUGUUAUGCCUUUCUUUUACACCCAACCCUAAACCUUACUUCUUUAUUUAAACAUAUAUAUACUUUAAGAACUUAAUUUUAAAAACUGACAGAGGUCAAACUUUACAGUGUACAAUGUAUUUUAUAAUCACAUCCAACUUUAAAAUGUAUUUAACAGUGUGUCAAUAAUAUAUUUUAAACUUUGAGAUAAUUAUAGAGCGAAUUAUACAUAUAAUGAAUGUGGAAACCGGAACAAAUAAUGGAGGGAUGUUAGUAAUAACAUGUGAAUGUUUUAUUUAUGAGAUAGAUUUGUGAAUGUAAUAUUCGAGCAAUAUGCUAUAUCCUAUGUUUCAUAUGUGAAAGUGUUGCCUGGGUGAUGUACAUAAUAACGGCUGGGUUUCAUUUUAUUUAUACAGCCAAAUACUAUUUGUUAAUACAGUCUUACACCCAUUCAAAGGUUAUAUGUGUAACAUUUUCAAACAUCAAAUCAUCAUCAGGUACAAUUACUCUAUACAAUGAGGCCACUGUUGAGAUGAUUGAUAGCCUUUGUCUCACACCAGUGUUAUUUUUAGAGCUGGUGUUUUCUCUAAAGAUUUAGCUCUCCCAUAAUCCCAUCUGUGGCAUCUUUACUGAAGAGGAUCAGCAUGAGGACAGGUUGAGCCCUGAUUGUGCUUAAAGUGAAAACAAACCAGGAGAUGUCCCUUUAAAUCCUCAGUUAUAGCACACACUGUAAUAUGCAGUGCACAGGCUGUUUGAACUGCCAAUCAACCCAGCAGUGGUCUCACAGUUGAUUAAUUACAGACAUGUCUUACAAUUAAUGUGGUAAUUAUUUACUGAUGAUAAAAGUGAUGCACAUUACACUUUUAAAUGAGAGCACAGUGAUAUCGGAUUUGUCAUCCUUUUACAAAUGUUGCAGAGUCAAAGAUGGCAGGUGAACAAGUUAUUGUCACUAACACAAUAAGGGUUCGUGUGGUUAUGGGGGCUGUGUGGGAGGUCAUGGCCUGACGGGCAAAUUGCUUCCGAAGCAAGUUGCUAUUUUAAACUUGCACUUAAAUUUCAAAGUAGACAUGUUACUGUUUGAGCUAUGAUACCUUCAAGGCAAUGUCUCUUAGUGUGUCACAAGUGUUGACAGUGGAGGUAAUGCCACUGGAAUUUGGAGGUUGGAAUCUAUCGUGGCCAUUUCUUGAUUUAGAUAAGUGGGGUGUGAAGCUGUGUUUUUUAUUUACAAAAUAAGAACUGUUGCCUUGUGCAGCUUUAACUGUUUUACAUGAACUGUGAAAUUCUCUGCCAGUCCUUGUUCUCGGUAAUGAGGCUCAAUGUAAAACCAACAGGAUUUGGCAGGGCUGAAAAUGCACCUGUCAGGUUUAGCGACUGAUUUAUUUCUGGUUCUUUUGAACACUGAUUUACAUGCACAUCCACAGAGGUAUUAAGUGCUCCAUUAGCAUGUCUGUAUUUUUGAGGGGCUGCAGGAUUGUCAGAAUGUCUUCAGAGUUGAAUGUUAAUCAGGACUGAAUUAGUGACAAGCAGAGGUGGCUGCUUUUUAUUCUUAACCAUGCUUAUUAUUUUUAACAUUUCUUUUCUUGAUAUUUAAUAUCCACUUGCACCUAAAGUCAGCAGUCUCAAAGUAUAAAAAGUGGGCUGAGGGGACUUUUUGGCACGGCCAAUCAAAAUGUUUAACGUGAGCACAAGUUUGCUGUUGGGACCCCUUUGGAGCCCCCAUGGAAGGAGAACCAUACUAAUAAUCCUGUGCUGGAAAAACACGACCUAUCUACAGGUUUCCUUUGUCAGUUUUUGGUAAUAUGAAAAAAACUGUUACGCUUACGGAUUCCAUUUACAAAUAACCAGCGUCCUGUCUCUAACAAUGGGCAGAAUUAAUUGAUGAUUGUACUUUUUUAACUACAUUUUCUCUAAAAAUUCACAUAGAAAUAAAAAAAAAUAAGUAUGAAAUGAAUUGAGCAUGCCCAUUACAUGUAGCACAACCUGUAGGUGAGUAAAAAUACCCCUCUUUAUGCAGGGGUUGCAUGAAAUAUGUGUUUGCACACACACAUAUGGACAGUAUCCACUAAUCAUAUCUACUUUAACUUUAAAAUGUAACACAACAAAGUGGAAACAUUUAAAUAUGUCAUAGUGAUGAAUUAAAAGUGCUAACAAAAGAAAAUGUGCAAUACUGAAAUGUUAAAAAAGUUACUAGCAGCUUGUGCGACUGAGCAGGUUGAUUUCACCAUAAGUCCCAAUCUGACGAGCAAAAAGCCAAUUUAAGUUUACGCUUUAUGGGUGGCACCAGGGGUUUCCAAUCAGAUUUCAAGGUGUCCCAUGCCAACCCUCCAGACACGCUCCUGGAUGUUGCAUCUAAGUCCAGCCAUGAGUCAAAAAGACCCCAUUUCAUUAUAACACUUUUUUUCUCCAUCUAUGGUACACCACUUUUGAUUAUUUUUUAAUCAGGAAUCAAAAACUAUAUUUUCCAUCUUUUUAAUUCAAUUGCUACGUUAACCAUUUUUAGUUUUUGGUUGCAUAGAUAACACUCGCUCCAAGCUCUUUGACAAAGCCUGUCUGUUUUUAUCAAGACUUUAAUAACACUUAUUAAACACAGCCCAAACCUCCAUACUUUAUCUGAUCACCAAUGGUUAAUCUACACCCUGCUGCCAAUUACAAGUCAGGAACUCCAGUGGCCAUGGGCUAAACUUUAAUUAUUAACCCCUUUACUGCUUUUUUGGGCUAGAAAAUGUGUACAAUGCAAAACUGCAAAAAGCAUUCUAAUAUUAAUUUAAUUAUCGUAAAACAGUGAACCUGAAACUAGCCAUGUGAGGCAUCCAGACUUCAAUUUGGGAUUUAAAAGUAUAAAAUGGAUUUUUUCUGUCAGCUGCAUGCCUUCAUUUUCUCUCUGUAUUUGGAAGUAGCCAAGCUCACAGUGUGAUAAUCUGCAGUUUGGACACAUACCACCCACAUUUCACAUAUGAGCAAUAUAAAGAAAUGAAGCGGGUGAAUGUGUUAUGAGAGACCUAAUUUUUACAGAGGUAUUUUUAUUUUAUCUCUUUGUUUGUAUUUUAAAGAUUUAAUGCAUGAAAAUGGCUGAAGAUCAAGUUAAAAGGAGCCAAUUUGUAUCCUGCAGCUCCACAGUUGACAAUGUUUCUUGUAUCAAAUCAUUCUAGCUAUGGCAUCCCAAUUUUGAUCAUGUAUGGAAAAGCUCUGUUUGAGGCUGGCUGUUUCUUUGAAAUGGGAAAAGGCCACUGCAUUUGUAAAGCCACCUGGACUAAAUGUCAGUUGGUCCACAUCGCCUUGACGUCACACGGACUCUAGUGGCUCUAAAAAGGCUUUUUACAUGAAACUGUUUAUUGAAUGUGACCUGUGUGGAUUUUUUUCUCCAAUGUAUUAUACAAUUGGCAUUAUUAUGUGUAGCACUUGAAACAUGCUUUCUAUUGGAUAAUGACAUAUUCAAACCCUGCUGCUUUUCAUGUCUGUUGGAAGGAUUUUUAUGUCCAGGUUAUGAAACUUUAAAGUUCACCAAUUGGACCAAAUGAGGUGAGUGUACAUUUUUAUCAAAGAAAUCUUUGAUUUGCUCGCAUCAAACUGUGGUAAGACAUCUAGUUUCACUGUGACAUACUGAGGAAAAAUUACUGUACACAUCUUUUGUAAAAAAUAAAACAAAAAAUCCAGUAAUACCAGGCCAUAAUACUUUGCUGUUCAUGUUAACGCUGAUCACUGUUGAAGCUUAGUGGUGAUUAAGAACUAAGACCUGAGAGAUUUUCUUAAGUGGAAAUUCAUGAUUUAUGUAAAAUCUUAUUGUGUGCUGUAUUCACAAGCCUUGUUGAAACGCAUUAAUGUACAAAUAAAGACUAAACUUGAUGGUGUAAUGUGA